AAACUGAAGCCCAAGUUCGUGCUGAAUUGUCAUUACUUGAAGAUCAAGUAACUGUUUCAAGUAAUACUGAAGUAAAAAGAAGCACAGUAACUAUUAAUGAUAAUCUUCAAGAUUCUUUAA